GCUGUCAGCACCAGUAUGUCUUACAGUGUGACUCUGACUGGGCCUGGGCCCUGGGGCUUCCGUCUGCAGGGAGGCAAGGACUUCAAUAUGCCCCUCACUAUCUCCCGGAUCACUCCAGGCAGCAAGGCAGCCCAGUCCCAGCUCAGCCAAGGAGACCUUGUGGUGGCCAUUGAUGGCGUCAACACGGACACCAUGACCCACCUGGAGGCCCAGAACAAGAUCAAGUCCGCCAGCUACAACCUGAGCCUCACUCUGCAGAAGUCCAAGCGGCCCAUCCCCAUCUCCACGGCAGCACCCCCUAUCCAGUCCCCACUGCCAGUGAUCCCCCACCAGAAGGACCCUGCUCUGGACACGAACGGCAGCCUGCCAGCUCCCAGCCCCAGCCCUGAGGCGAGGGCCAGCCCAGGCACCCCAGGCGCCCUGGAGUUCGGGGACACCUUUAGCUCCUCCUUCUCCCAGACCUCUGUCGGCACCCCACACACGGAGGCCUCGGGGCCUGUCCCUCCUCUGGGCAGCCCAGUGGCCAAGGCCAGCUCAGAGGGUGCACAGGGCUCAGUCAGCCCCAAAGUUCUACCAGGCCCCGGCCAACCAAGGCAGUAUAACAACCCCAUUGGCCUGUACUCAGCAGAGACCCUGAGGGAGAUGGCUCAGAUGUAUCAGAUGAGCCUCCGAGGGAAGGCCUCAGGUGCUGGACUCCUAGGAGGUGCCGACUACCAGGAACGCUUCAACCCCAGCGUCCUGAAGGACUCGGCCCUGUCCACCCACAAGCCCAUUGAAGUGAAGGGCUUGGGAGGCAAGGCUACGAUCAUCCAUGCUCAGUACAACACCCCAAUCAGCAUGUACUCACAGGACGCCAUCAUGGACGCCAUCGCCGGACAGGCCCAGGCCCAGGGCAGUGACUUCAGUGGGAGCCUCCCUGUGAAAGACUUGGCGGUGGACAGCGCCUCUCCUGUGUACCAGGCUGUGAUCAAAACCCAAAGCAAGCCGGAAGAUGAAGCUGAUGAGUGGGCCCGCCGGUCCUCCAACCUGCAGUCUCGUUCCUUCCGCAUCCUGGCCCAGAUGACCGGGACAGAAUACAUGCAAGACCCAGAUGAAGAAGCUCUGCGGAGGUCAAGGCCACAGGCCUCUGCUUACAGCCCCGCAGCUGCCACGUCUCCAGCACCCUCUGCCCAUACCAGCUACAACGAGGGUCCAGCUGCCCCUGCACCCAAGCCUCGGGUCGUAACCACUGCCAGCAUCCGGCCUUCUGUCUACCAGCCAGUGCCUGCAUCUUCCUACAGUCCAUCUCCAGGAGCCAAUUACAGUCCGACUCCCUAUACCCCCUCGCCAGCUCCUGCUUACACCCCCUCUCCUGCCCCCACCUAUACGCCCUCCCCUGCACCUACCUAUACCCCCUCCCCUGCCCCAGCUUACACCCCCUCACCUGCCCCAAACUAUACCCCUACACCAUCAGCGGCCUACAGCGGGGGCCCUUCAGAAUCUGCCAGCCGCCCACCCUGGGUGACUGAUGACAGCUUCUCUCAGAAGUUUGCUCCCGGAAAGAGCACCACCACUGUCAGCAAGCAGACCCUGCCCAGGGGGGCUCCAGCCUACAACCCGACAGGCCCACACGUGACUCCUCUUGCCAGGGGCACCUUCCAGAGAGCUGAGCGCUUCCCAGCCAGCAGCCGCACUCCCCUCUGUGGACACUGUAACAACGUCAUCAGGGGCCCUUUUCUGGUGGCCAUGGGCCGCUCUUGGCACCCAGAAGAGUUCAAUUGUGCCUACUGCAAGACCUCCCUAGCAGAUGUGUGCUUUGUGGAGGAACAGAACAAUGUUUACUGUGAGCGGUGUUACGAGCAGUUUUUUGCCCCGAUCUGUGCCAAGUGUAACACCAAAAUCAUGGGGGAAGUGAUGCACGCUCUGCGACAGACAUGGCACACCACCUGUUUUGUCUGCGCGGCCUGCAAGAAGCCCUUUGGGAACAGCCUCUUCCACAUGGAGGACGGAGAGCCGUACUGUGAGAAAGACUACAUCAACCUGUUCAGCACCAAGUGCCAUGGAUGUGAUUUCCCUGUGGAAGCUGGUGACAAGUUUAUCGAGGCCCUGGGGCACACCUGGCAUGACACCUGCUUCAUUUGUGCGGUCUGCCACGUGAAUCUGGAGGGUCAGCCAUUCUACUCCAAGAAAGACAAACCACUGUGCAAGAAGCACGCUCACGCCGUCAACGUCUAGGAGCCCAGCGCUAGUGCGGGCCAAGUCCGGGCUGCUUCUGCUUCUGACGACGACGACAGAGGAGUUAGAGAAGCUGACGUUUCUUCUGGGGGGGAAGGGGGGGCGAGAGGAAAUGAUAGAGCCCUUUUGAAGUCUAACUUUAGUCUUUUCUUGUACACACAGAUUGUGUAUUAUUGUAGUUCAGACUAGAAGCCCAAAGAGGAUUCUAAAUCCAGCUAGUAAUUAAUCCACGGCUGGAAUCGGACUUCAGAUUUUUGGGAAAUGACCCCAAGAAAUCAGCAGUGAAAAAAAAGCAAUAUUCAAAAAUCAUAGACUCCCUGGCCAUGUCUGUCGCCAGUGUGGGGACAGGGUUCUGGGCAGUUAUGGAGAAUCCACAGCCUGCAGCAGAGUUCUGGAGAGAUCCUUGCCAAGCACAACGAUAUGCCAAACAGUAUUUGCUGUGCGGAUAUUUUUAGAGUCAGCACUGAGCACUCCUUAGCUAAGACCCAUUGGGCUUUCCUCGCCAAAAAAGGAAGAGUUGCACCAUUAGCCUCCUCUGCACAUCAGACCACAGAUGGUGAACGAACUUGAAACAUGUAAGGGGAGCCCAGACGUCUGAAGCAAUGGCGGGCCACCACUGGGCAACUGAAAAGGCUCCAGAGAGAUCUUUGGCUCAUGCCACGGACAGUUGAGAAAAGAUGAGAUUUCUCUGCAUCUCCCCCUCUUUCUGUCUGAAACAUCUAAAGUCCCUGGAAGGCUUUGCUCCUGUUUGAAUUGUUAAGGGAAAGUGACAUUUGGGUUUCUCCAGUUUUGCUUUACAAUGUAUCAGAAGAGGUUUGAAAAAGUGUGGGGCGGGGUUUAGCCUUUGUUUUGCUUGAAGAGGGCCCGAGCAUGAGUGCUCUGUGCAUGCAUUUCGCCUCCUACCUGCAACAGCUCGUGAACAUUUUCCUCAGACCGACCCUCAAAUAAGCUCAGUGGGGAAAAGAGAGCCAGCAUCAAACACGGGAUGGUAGGACAGGCUCUGGGGAGCACCCGCGCACCUGUGCAUGGGGAAAGGACAUUCUGCUAACCUCAGGAAGAAUGCAUGGGCUGCAGGGCCUCCCACCUCCAGGGCCGCACCAUCCUCGGAACCUGUUCCUUUAAGUGCAGCAUAGCAGGUAUAGAAUCAUGCUGACUGCUGCAGGGAAGAAGAGCUGCAUUUGCCAUUUGGGCCAAUAUUUUGAAAAUAGUUGAAUGAGUUUAGAUUAUUUAUUGAAAUAGACCUGGGCCGGGCAGUGGUGGCACAUGCCUUUAAGCCCAGCACUUGGGAGUCAGAGGCAGGCAGAUUUCUGAGUUUGAGGCCAGCCUGGUCUACAGAGUGAGUUCCAGGUCAGCCAGGGCUACACAGAGAGACCCUGUGUCGAAAAACAAAAAACAA